CAUGUAAUACUAAUAUUUGGCAGUUACCUACAUUUACCUAAAUGUGCCUUUCUUUAGUUUAUAAUUGGACUAAUUUGUGCUCUCUUGUCCUCCAGGGAUGUACUUUGUGCGUCAUAACAGCCACCAGCUCAGCAGGAUUUACCCAUCAGGCCAGCGCCUCCAGUCCUCCAACUACAACCCUCAGGAGAUGUGGAACGCAGGCUGUCAAAUUGUUGCUUUGAAUUUUCAGACCCCAGGUGAGCAGAUGGACCUGAAUCGGGGCCGCUUCCUGCAGAACAGUCAGUGUGGGUACAUGUUGAAGCCCCCCUUCAUGUGCCAGCCAGACACCAAAUUCAACCCGGAGAACGUUGGGGGGGGUCCAGGCCACAGACCUGUGCUGCUCACUUUCCGG